UUCCUUCUUUUUCUUCAUUCUUUCUUUUUCUUUCUCUCUUUCUUUCUUUCUUUCUUCUUCUACCGAGUUCCACCAUUUCACUGGUCAAUCCCACAGUUCAAAGUCAUCGUUCAACCAUUUCUCUCUCCAACAGUUGACCAAAUACUAGAUUUUUCACCAACCAAACAUCGAAAUUUUUAUCCCUACCCAGAUCCCUUGCUAUAAAUGAGACGAAUUGUCUCUCCUAAGUCUCAGCCGAUGUUUUCUUCUUCUUCAUCUUCUUUGUCUGGGUCGACUCCAACUCCGACGACGACGACGACAUCGACGUCGAUGACCGAGACGGUGAAUGGGUCCCACCUGUUCAACAUCUCAGGGUACCCGCUCUUGAAAGGUAUUGGGAUCGGAAACAGCGUGGCGUCCGAUACUUUCACCGCCGGCGGGUACUCUUGGGCAAUUUAUUUUUACCCGGACGGCAAUAAUGUGCAGGACAAUGCUACGUAUGUUUCGCUGUUUAUAGGUUUGGCGAGUGAAGGCACUGAUGUGAGAGCGCUUUUUGAACUGAAGCUUUUGGAUCAGAGUGGGAAAGAGAGGCAUAAGGUUUAUUUCGAUACCCAGUUCGAUAGGGGGCCUUACACGUUCAGAAAGCGCGGUCAAAUGUGGUAAUCGAUUAUUCUUUCUAAAUUUGGGGUUUUUUUUUUUUUUUUUUUUGGUGAUCUUGAUUAUAAUUGUUAUGAUUAUGAUAGUGUUUGUUAUGUUUAUGUAGUGGGUUAUAUAUUUAUUUUUGCUGAGUGUGUUAAUGUUAAUUAUCAUGAUUGUUGUUUCUUUGCUAAGUUCAUUCUUAGUUGUUGAUGAAUUAAAUCCUGUAGGGCACUUGUUAAUGAGUGUUACAUGACCCAAUAAACAUAACAAUUUUUUGAAAUUGGUCAUGUUAACGGGAAAAUUGAAAAAUCUGUGGAAAAAUUAACUACU